GUCAAUCUGAGCCCCCCUAAAAAUUGUAAUACCCGAGUGGCUUGUUAUUAUCAUUAAUAAUACCUACCAAGUAACUACAUCAUUUCUCUCAGUUUUACUACUCCAAAAACUAUUGAUGAUUAACUUUGAAAGAGGUCUGACACUAGUUCACUAUACUUCAUGUCCCCCCUCCCCCAAAACAUGGAGGAAAUUGAAAAGCGCAAGACUCGUCAGGCUUCCAAUGAUGAUAAUGAUACUUCGCCCGGCCCUGAGACAACCAGCAAGCGACGCAGGAUAGCAGGGCCAGUUCUUCCAUCGUCCGCAGCUUCCUUACAUGGGUCAUAUGGAAACACUGCGUCUGAAAGCGAGAGUGAUAGUGAUGAUGAUAUUGGGCCAGUUUUGCCUCCUGCAGGUCCUGUGUUAUCCGAAAUAGAUGACGCGGAUAGAAAGCCCGAUCCAUCUACUCAUGAGGUUCCUAUGCAGGGUAGUGGAUUCCAACGGGAUAAGUGGAUGUUACAACCUCCAGGUGCUACGGAUUGGUCCUCGCGAAUCGAUUCAACCAAACUGCGAAGCCGGGGAUUUCAGACAGGGAAACCAGGGAGGGCCGCGCCCGGAGGCCAGAUAGAUUCAUCAUGGACUGAGAGUCCAGAGCAAAAAAUAAAACGCUUAGAGGAUAAGGUUUUGGGUAUCAGUGGCUCAACGGUGACAGACAGUCAGGACCAUGCUGCCCAGGUAUCUAGGGUGACUGAGCUAGCAAAAGCCAGAAUACAUAAAUAUAAUGAAGCCACAAGAAAAGAUGCACUACCUGGCGCUCCAUGUCUUUCAAAAGAGUGUGAAAAUGAUGACCCAAGCACACGUCCUUUCGAUCGGGAGAAGGAUAUGAGUACCUCUUCAAGGAUAAACAAUCACCAAAGACGACAAAUUCUUGAUAAGGCGGCUGACUUUAGCUCCCGUUUUGCAGGGGGCAAAUUUCUCUGAGCUGGGGGGCUGCCUUCCACCUACGCGAUUUAAGGAAGGACUGGAAUUAAACUACAACAUGAUAGGGCUAGCAGGAAGCUCUAUUAAUGAGAGGGGAAGAAAUUAUGUGAAAAUUCAUUGAAAUACUCAGUGAAAUAGUCAAUGACUUGAUUAAAUAAAUAGUGUUGUGUAAAAUAGCGUUAGGAUAUGUAGAUAAUAUGAUAUUCAUGAUAAAGUAAUAUAUGUAUAUCAGGCCUGGUGGUGGC